CCUACUUGAGUCACCCGCUCAGCCAUUCCGCCUAGACCGUUGGCCUCCACCGGCUAACAGCCAGCAGACACCAACAUUCAGACUGUUACCGUCAUCACACCAACACCGCUCAUCACCAAGCAUGGCCGAAACCGACCCACCACUGGACGCUGCACCUCUUCUUGCGGCUGUCAACCCGCCACGCUCGCGCCGAUGGGCCAUCAUGCUUUGCUUCCCCCUCUUCCUGGCUCUGGCGUCGCCAUGGUGGUGGACCACGACAUCAAUCGUGCGCCUGCCAUUGCCGGUUGAGCGCAUCGGUGCGCUCGAGAGCCAGAGUGACCCAGUCAUCACGACGCUCGUCUCGUUCACCGGCGAGGACGCUGCCUUCCCCAAGGCGCCCCCAGGCCGCGCGGACUUCCCGACGGCGACCAAGCUCGACGCCCUUGCCGCCGAGGUUGUCAAGGGUGUGGACGGGAUGCUAGCGCGUGAUCGCCCUAACGUGCGGGGUACACGGCGUUGGGAUGUGGUGGUCAACGGACCUAAGAGCGUGCGGCAUAGGGUACACAUCGGCGUGUCGGAGACGGCUAAGCCGGACUGGCCGCUGGAGCCGUACGUCCAGACCUCGUAUGGUACCGCCGACGUGCCCCCUGGCACUGUCGUGAUCCCAAUCCACCCCUCGAUGGUGUCUGACCUCAACCUGAAGCGGCACUACAAGAUCGCCCUCGUGAAUGCGCUGCACAACCUCCUCCCGGCCCACCUCCCGCCCGUCGCCAACCGCGCACUUGCAUACUCCCCGAAUAUCACGCUCUCCUUUGUGGUGGUGAAUGAGGACGCGGCAGAGGGCGCCUUCGUCAACGACUGGGAUAUCGACGGCGCGCUGCGUGACCAUAUUUUCCCACACCUCGAGCCGCUGUCCCCUGUUUUCAACUUCUCCAUCGAGAGCCAGGUGCUCUACCACGCCCCCUUGGCAUUUGAGCCCGCUCAGCAAGACGACGGCUGGGUCGUCGACGAGGAUGGGAUGAAGAUGUUCGUGAGCGAGCGCUGGACUCCCGACUCGCUCAGCACCAACAACCCCGUUCUCAAGUUCCUCCUCUUCGUCCCGAGUGCGCAGCACGCCCCACUGCGCCUUGCUGCAAACGCCACGUCGUUCCUAAUCCCUCAGUUUGGAUCGGUUGUGCUCCUCAACCCGCCCGCGGAGGGAGGCGCAUACAGGCUCUCCCUGGACGCGCUCGAUGCGCCCUUCAAGCAGUUCACCGAGCACCUUUACGGCCUCCUCUCGCUGCCCGCCUUGCCCGAGAAGCUGCACCACUGCCCCGAGCCGGCCUCCGAGGGAAAGACACGCGCCCAGCGCGGCCUCCGUGAUCCCCUCAGCCUGUGGCAGCUCGACACCAUCUUCCGUGUUAGGAUGGCGGAGAACGCUGCCGAGGCGCGCAAGACGCUUGGCGGCAUUGUUCGUCUCGUUGAUAAAAUCAAGGAAAUGCAACUUGGCCCAGGCGUGCGCGACAAGGUCCUUGGCGCCGUGCGGCGGCUCGAGGAACUCCCCGAAACCGCACAGGACAUGUCCCCGCUAACUGCCUUCGUGCUCUCCCGCGACGCCGUGGGUCUCGCAAACGAAGCAUUCUUCGACCCAUCCAUGAUGGGCUUGCUUUACUUCCCUGACCAACACAAGUUCGCCGUUUACACGCCCCUCUUCGCUCCGAUCGGCGUGUCCAUAGUUGUGGGCCUCCUUCGUGAGAUUGCCAAUCUCAUCAAGAAGCGCAAAGCGGCGAGGAAGGCUGCCCAGGCAAAGAAGGAUGAUGAGAGGUUAGACAACGGCACUCAAGUCGUCUCCGAAGCUAUGACGACUGCUCGGGAGGCGCCCGCGGCCGCGCGCCUCCGCGCGACCACCACAUCAUAGAGACAGUACACGACCGCAUGCAUGUCCUGCUACAGGCUACUGAUGAGACUGACGGACGGUGUCACAGUCUAUUUACGACAUGUUAGAUUCGAAUUUUUGAACACACAGUUGAGAGGCUAGGAGACGCGGGCUGAGGCCCUUUUGAGGAUUCUUA